AUGCGUCGAUCACCCAACAUCAUUGUCACGGGGACGCCCGGUGUAGGCAAGACCACUCACUGUGAGAGCCUAGCUGAGCGAACAGGGCUUCGACACGUCUCUGUCAACCGAAUAGUAAAAGAUAAAGACUGUCACGAAGGCUGGAGUGACGAAUACCAGAGUUGGAUUGUGGAUGAAGAUAAGCUUCUGGAUGCAAUCGAAGAGGAUGUAAAAUCUGGUGGUUGUCUUAUCGACUGGCAUGCUUGUGAUUUGUUCCCACGAAGCUGGAUAGACCUUGUUGUGGUGUUGAGAGUGGACUCAUUCACACUUUACGAUAGAUUGACUGCCAGAAACUACUCUGAAGGGAAGCUCCAGGAGAAUUUAGACUCAGAAAUCAUGGACAUUCUACUUCAAGAAGCACGCGAAGCGUUUGAUGAGGAAAUUGUCAUCGAAUUAUCCAGCAAUAAAUCCGACGAGAUGGAGUCUAAUUUAGACAGGAUCGAGAGUUGGGUCAAGCAAUGGAAACUUGACAAUGCAUCAACUCAAGGUGUAUAA